UCUCUCUCUCUCUCUCUCUCUCUCUCUCUCUCUCUCUCUCUCUCUCUCUCUCUCUCUCUUCUCUUGUGGUCCUAUCCAAGCCGGGUCAUGUGGUCUAGUCGGAUCCUCUGGACCUCUUCUCUGGCCUCAGCUCUCUGCAGCUCAGGGCGCUGUGAUAGUUGGUCUGGGGGUCCCUGGUUCUUGAUGUGCUCUCAUCUGUAUUUUGAGUAUGAAGGAGGUACUGACCGGGUUCUGCUCUCCAUGCAGGGUUUGGGGUCUUUCUCUGCACAUGUAGGGGGUUCUUACAGAACUUGGUGUGAGAGAUUCAACAAUGGUUUUGUCCCAUGUUGCUGCCAUAUGGAAGAUUUGGUUCCAGCAUGAACAGAGAAGUGCCAGAUUUGAAUGUGGAUGUCUAAUUUGAUGUUCCAUCUGAUUGGAUAAAAAGCUCUCCUGGAUUCUGGUCCCGCAGAUCUUUCACAGCCAUGAGGAAGCUUCCUGUGGAGCUGAUGUUGCGGCUCAGAGAGGAUCGAAGCUCUGCAGGCUGCACGGAGAAAGUGGAGUUCAAGACGCCUCGAGUCUGAGCGCUGCAGGGCCGCAACCAUCUGUCUGAAGUGAUGUGUGAGCAGGCUCUGGUCCACGUCCCCUCGUCCUCCUGCCCGGCUCGGGGUCACCUGACGGCCCUGCACCGAGCGGCCUCCGUGGGAAACAGUGACAGGAUGGCUGCUCUGAUUCAGGGAGGCUGUGCUGUGGACCUGCAGGACCGGGAUGGAAACACGGCGCUGCACGAGGUCUCCUGGCACGGGUUCUCUCACUGCGUCAAACUGCUGACUAAGGCCGGAGCUGACAUCCACGUCAGGAACAAGGCAGGUAACACAGCUCUUCACCUGGCGUGCCAGAACGCACACGCUCAGACCGCCCGCCUUCUGCUGCUGGAAGGAUCCAAACCAGACACCAAGAACAACAUGGGAGACACGUGUCUGCAUGUAGCAGCUCGGUACAACAACCUGACCCUGGUGAAGAUCCUGCUCAGCUCUCUGUGCUCUGUGACCGAGAGAAACCAGUCGGGGGACACAGCUCUGCAUGUGGCUGCAGCUCUGAACCACAAGAGGACAGUGGAGCUCUUACUGGAGGCAGGGACUGAUGGGAAAUUCAGGAACACUGCCGGUAAAACAGCUCUCGACAAAGCCAGAGACAACAACCACAAAGAUGUGGCGCUCCUCCUGGCCCGAGCUCCUCAGGUGCAUCGCUUCAUGAGAAAAACAAUCAAGAGAAGAAGAGAGAGACAGAAAGCUGAGAGGAGGACCCAGUCUGACCCAAGGGAGGAUACUCUACCACACAAAAAGAACAGCAGCUCAGGUUUCGAGGAAACCCGCUGCAGUGAACACAAUGCGGUCCAGGUGAGUCCUCACAAACACAAAAAACAGAGGCAGCGUAACCACAAGAUCCGGGCCUCCAUCAGCAACCCGUGCAGCCCCCAGCAGAGGAGGAGACGCCAGGCUCAGGCCGCGAACGGAGACGAGGAUCUUAGAAGAAGGAGGAAGGACUUCCGCAGUAAGAGAGACCGGCUCUGUGAAGAUGAUGAUGAAGAUGAAGACAGCCCUGCUCUGAAUGGAAAAACAUACCAGAUGUACACUCUGUAUCGGGACAAGGACGGGACCAUCAGACAGGCUCCAGCUGAUGGAUGUCACUGUGAGCCGCUGCUGCAGAAGCUGGAGGUCCAACUGAAAGCCACGCAGGAGGAGAUGAGGCUGCACAUCCUGAACAUCCAGGAGCAGGUCGGCUGCAGGCUGGGACAAAUGGACCGCAGGAACCGGCACCAGAUCAAAGUGUUGGACAUCCUGAAUCAAGAGAGAGCUGCAGCGGAGAGGAGGAGCAUGAGUUACAGGAUCGAGCAGAGAGUCGCUCAGGGGAGAGAGGAGACGCUGAUGACACAGGCAGCAGUGAGUCACGAGCUGAAGAGGUGGUGUCUGUCUCAGCUGAAAGACAGAGAGGUCCAAAUCCCUGCCAAAACCAAGUACUACAAACUCCUCCCCUCGCCGUCCGUGGAGCAGUGCGUGGGCGACACUGAGCUGGAGUCCCUCCCCCUGCUGUCCGUCAGAUCCGGAGACAGCAGCACGUCGCUGGCUACCUACGUCAACAUCCUGCCGUCCAAGUCCUCCCACAGUCUGGAGGUCCUGGAGCAGGACCAGAACGGGAGCGGGACGUACUUUGAAAUGAAGGUGGACAGGUCACCAGAUGAUUACGAGAACACAGCCCUGUUUCCUCUGCCUGCCCAGAGCAGCUCCGGCCUCCUGCUGGGCUCUGUGGACCCCCUCUGGCAGCCUCCGGGAAUGCAUGCGGAAGGCUUCUCCACCAGCAGCACGAGCUGGUCCAGCAUAAGCGACCAGGCACCCAGACUGAUCCAGCAUCAGGAUCAAAGCUUCGAUAGGAGCCACUUUGCAGAGCUGAUGAGUGCCCGCAGGCGGACAGGGCUCCACGCUGAGGGAACCAGGACACUGGAGUUCUUCAUCGACCAUCCUGCAGAGCCCACGUUCAUCCAGGAGAGGAACAACCUGCACGCCAAGGAGGUGACGCAGCGUUUCUUCGAGACCGUGUCGGUCCAGCUGGAGCGUUGGUACGAGCGGAAGAUCGAGGAGGUUGAGCAGCAGACGGAGCGCCGGUCCGAGCACGACAGGAAGGAGCUGCAGCAGCGAAUCAGCGUGCUGGAGGAGGAGCUUCAGAGGCUGAGGACCAAUGAGAGCGAAGAGUCAUUAACGCAGCCUGAAUGAAACCUUCAUUAUCUUUAAAGUUUUUCACUUUGAUUGAAAAAUUAUUCAUAAACAAACUUUUACUCACAGACGUGUUUUAUUUAUACAAACUGAAUUAUUGUAAUAAAGUGUUGAAAAGGUUAAAUACGUGA